AAUGGUAGGGAACUGACAUGUUUGGGCCAGGCGAGCCCUGGGGUCGGAACAUCCACCUUACCCUUGUCGGACGUCAGCCGGACCUCGUCAACGGUUUGUUUCAACGUCAGCCACCAUACAUCAGCCUGUGCCACCUAUUGGCAUGAAAAUCCCAGCAGAGCGGACUUCGAGCCAACGGCAUUGCCGCAAAGCUCUGAGGGAAAUAUGCCCGGCUUGCUGCUGCUUUCCUAAGAUGUCUUCUGUCGCAGUGUCCUGUCAUCCACCUCUGUUCCAAUCGCACUUCUCGCGCGCGUCAUAGCCGCUAUCCUCUCAUUUCACUGUCAUUCAUUUCUAGCUCCAAGUGAGCGUUUUCGAUAUCUUCACAUUUUUGCACGGAAUUCUUGUCGCGACAAUAUGCGAUUCCCAAGCACCGCUAGCGUCAUCGCGCUGGGCGCGCUCUUUCUCAACGCAUCCGCUAUCCCGUUUCAGCAAGGCGAUAGCCUUGGAGCUGUGGAAGCCUCGCUUCCCAGGGGCAUUACCACGUCUAAAGUGGACGUGAUACCCAACGACAAACGAGGCGUGACAACGUCCAAGGUCGACGUCAUCCCCAACGACAGAAGAGGCGUUAUUACUUCCAAGGUCGACGUUAUACCCAACGAUAAGAGAGGCAUCACGACAUCCAAAGUCGAUGUCAUACCCAACGACCGACGAGGUGUAACUACGUCCAAGGUGGAAGUCUUACCCAACGAGACUAGAGACGCCGCCAUCAACAGCGUACCGCGGGUUCGCGUCCGCAGCGGUCGAACCCGUGCAAACAGUAGGCCCGCACCCCAAUAGGCCUCGAAGCAGACAAGAGCGAAGUGGGGAACAACCAACAAAGUCGACCUUUAUGGGAAGAUGUGUCAUGCGCAAAGUCACAAGCCGGACGGGAGGGUCGAUGAGAGUGCAUGUUUCUACGUUGAGACAAGAGCGUAGGAUUCCGAAGUGUUUGAAGAGCGGAGCGGAGAGAAGCGAUUUGACAUUGAGUGGAAUGUAGACUAGGAUGUAAAUCUUGAUGUUCGGAUGAUAAACCCAGAGCAACGUGCGAGAUUGAAGACGAGUGACGAAUGAAUAUGCUUGACUUUGGUCUCAUAUCUCGUGGUAGACAUGCUUCCUCUUGGUCCUUACACAAUGCCCAUGGUUGUCUGGUCAUGAUUAUCGACUCAGUGUUCCGACGAUGUAUAAGCGUCACUGUUCUACAUUACACUUCGUGGCCAGCUGCGCCGAGGCUCGCAACCAGGU